AUGUCAUUGGAGAUCGACAGCUCGCGGCUUGAGCGCAAGAAGCAGGGAAAGUCGAAGGAUAAGGAUGUCGAGAAGAGAGAGAAAAAGCGCAAGCGGGAUGCUGUAGACGAGGUCGAUUUUGGGAUGGCCUCGCCCACAAAGAAGCACAGGUCAAAUCAACAGCCCAAAUCACAUAUAGCGCAGUCCAAACCCGACAUUCCCUCUCAGACAGAGCCAAUAUCUCCGUUCUACCAGCAAGUAUCCUCUCUGUACCUACCACUACCACCAAUCUCUCAAAAGCAUGCUUUACAAGGCAUUUGUGCCGAGCAUAUCUCUCCACUCAUCCUCACAUACUACCCGCCUUUGCAUGGGGUCAUCGUAUCUUAUUCGAAUGCGCGACUCUCCACCGAUCCUCAGAGCGAAGCGUCCAAUCCAGCUUAUGCACGAGCGAUCGACGAGUACGCGUCCAGCUUCGUAUGGCUUACUGCGGACUUCCUCAUUUUCAAGCCUCGGAAGAGUAGCGUGAUAGAGGGCUAUGUCAACCUCCAGAGUGAGAGCACUAUUGGGCUUCUUUGUUUAAACUUCUUCAAUGCAAGCAUUGAGAGAAGGAGAUUGCCAAGGGAGUGGAAAUGGAUACCCGGUGGGAUGACGGCCCCAAGAAAGAGAAAAUUGAAGCAAGCUACGAAGGACACCAUGUCGGACUCGGACGGAUCAGAGGCGGACGAGGACGAUGCGGCUGGGCAGACUUUGCAAGACGCGGAAGGCUAUUUUCAAGAUCAGGCAGGUAAAAAGAUUGAGGGACUGCUAAAAUUCCGGGUCAAGGACGUGGACACGUCGAAGAGCAUGGAUCGCGAGACUGGUUUUGUGAGCAUUGAGGGCACCAUGCUGAGCGAGGACGAGGAAAGGCAGUUGCAGGAACAGGAGAGACUGAGGAUACCAAAUGUGAAAAGGAAACAAUUGGGCUGGCAAAAUGAGCCCUCGAACUCUAUGACAGGUGCAAUUGUGAAUGGCUCUGAUGGUGCAAUGGAUUUUCUGGAACAGGUCAACGAAGUCAUACCUCUUGAGUCCGAGGAUUGGGGCCUUGAGGAUUACUCGGUAGAAGUGCGCGGCUUCGAAUGUCUGCACUUUUCCGAAAUCAACCAAGUUCUGAAGGAGGACGAUGAGGUCUGCAUACGGCCUCUACAGACUCAAGAUCUACGCUUUCGGAAAAUAUCUGGACGACACCAGAUCGCCGCAGAUGGCAAGCACUUGGUCGACGGUGUGGCAUUUGGUCGCCCUUUUCUACGACGAGCAGACAGACCGGGCAUAAAAAUACCUCCGAGGAAGAGAAGACGGAUUACAUAUGAUGAGGAAGAAGGUUUCGACACGGAUGAACCAAAUAACGAUCGGCGAGUCAUCGUCAGGGCUGGCUUUGACGAUGCCGACGAAGCUACGGGGGGAGACGAGAGUGACGAUGAAGAGGACUUUGCGCCCGACGAUGAGGAAGAGGAGGAUCUGGGUGCCGAGCUAGAAGAUUUACAAAAGGACCUUAGUGCUGGUACGGAUGCAGAACAGGGACUAAGUGUGGACAAUGUUCAGCCACAACGGACUACUAGGUCUCGAAGAUCGCCCAAAGGUUUAGGCAUGCUACAAUUGUUGGAUGACAACGGACGACCGUAUGCUGGACAAUACAGUAAUCCUCUACUGGAUUUUUACGGACAGGAUGGGGCUCCAAGCAGCCAGUCUGAAAUCAGAGUCAGGAAGCGCGGUACCGCAGACUCGACUCAGAGCUCUUCCGAGAACAUUAGAAGCAUCCUUCGGGAUUCAUCAGCAAGCCCCCAACGUGUGAGCAGGCGGGACUCGGCCGGCAGUAAUAGAAGUGUGCGUUUCGAAAACGCCGAGUCUGCAACGCCCGCAACCAUUCAAGAAUCGCAAGAUUCAGAGGACCCGGACGAUGGCGAUUUUGAGCUUGGCGAGGUGGACGAAUCUGAUAAAGAGAAUGCUGAGCCACAGGUUGAAGAGACUGAAUCCAGCGAUAGUUUCUUUGAAGGAUCACAAUCGAGCUCCUCGACGUCUUCGGAUGAUCAAAUAUCUGACGACGAUACUUCCUCGUCUGGAUCAUCCUCUAGUGGCUCGAGCUCGGAUUCAGAACCAGAGCAGCAGCCAAGCAAAGAUAUAUCUCACAAGUCCGAAACGUCUGAAACAUCGUCUUCAGGAUCAUCAUCCUCCAGCAGCAGCGACUCCGAGCCUGAACCGCCAAAGGCUGGCCAGAAGCGGAAGUGGGCAGUCCGCAAUGUCAAAUUGAAAACGCCUGCAGGUGAGGCGCCGCCUGUGCUCACAAACUCGGCUCCAUCCACGAUACCACCUGGCAAUGGGAGUAGUUUGACUCGUAGCCGUAAUAAGCGGAGAAAGGAGAGUAAGAGGCUGACUUUCAUCAAGAGCAAGGGCAUGCUCCCAGCUACCGCCACUAAAGCUGAUCUAUACAAAUUCGAGGAGGAGACUACCCAUCCAGAAAUGCAGGAAAUGAUAGCUGUUGGAGGAGUUCGCGCUGCUCUUGAGGCUAAGAGACAGGACUUAAUGACUUCGAUCGCUGCUGGUGGCAUCGACGUCAGUCUUGAUCCGAGCUUGCAGGAAAAGGGUGCUGAUAUGGUUGAGGAUCAACUGCCUGUAGAUGACCCACUCUCGAAGACUGCAGCCAUUCAGGACACCAUCAUGACUGAUCAGCCAGCAAGUGAGGAGGGUUCAGAGAAAGUUGAGCUUGAAAACCCUUCAGCGAAUGACCCUACCAGCACUUCAACAAUUGCAGAAGUCCAAGACUCAACGAAUUGUUCGCCAAUGAAGGCCAAAGAAAGUCGGCUGACCGAAUCUAUAAGUACUAGCGUAACUGCGAUAGUGCCAGACUCGAUCACUGCGCCUCCCGUAAAGGCUAUACAGGUUCUAGCGAAUGACUCCCAAAGCACUCCACCUGCUAUGGAAGGCUCAAAAUCACAAACGACACCAGCGCCUGAAUCACAACAUCGUCGAUCCAAGCUUGACAUGUCUGGCGCAAAGCGUAUGCUCUUUGGCUCUUUGGGUCUUAAAACACCAAUGACCAAGGACGAUGAAUUGAAGACGCGGGAGAAGCUGAUGAAAGAUGUGAGGCCUAUCAAAGAUUCUCAGGUCGACGAAAAUUUCGAGACAGUCGAAGACAUUGCGGCUGCAGCAGAGGAUGAGAGCUGGAAAGACAAGAUCGAUUUGCGAGCCGUAGAAUGCUGUUAUGAGGGGAUUGAGCUGAGCACGCCGCCAUUUCCUUUCGUUCAGAGAUGGGACCCUCAACAGCAGAGAGGAUAUAACACGGGCAAUGCGAAAAAGCGGAAGGGAAAGAAACGAAAGCGUAACAACGAUGACUACUACGAAAACAGCUCUUUCCAUCCACAAGACAAGGUUGCACAUCGCAACAACCAAAACAGUUACGAAGACAUUUCCUAUAAUCUACAAAACGCAUCCGUGCGUCUCAACAAGGACGACUGGCCUAGACAGGAGGCAGAACGAGAACCAUCGACAGAGAAAGCCCAGGCGGAGAGCAAAAGCCAGGAGCGCUCGCAUGAUGAGAGUCUUGAAGAUUCCAUCAGAGCUAAUGAACAGUUACGCCACGAGACCGAAGACGCCUCUGCAGAUAUGCUUGUCGAAAUGGAAAGGCUAUACGACCUGACACAUGACUUUCCCGCUCUGCCCGAAGACCUCUCUACAUGUUCAUCCUUGACUCCAGACACAGCCGCGAAAGGAAACAUUGUUGCCUUCAAACAGCUUGAAAUGUCGGCAGAGACCAACUGGCAGCCCAAAAUAUCGGAAUACCGAACGGCCAUUGUCGACGAAAUCUUGGACGACGGUACGCUAUUAAUGACGCUUGCAAAGCGUGACCAACCUUCGAAGGAUAUACAGUACGACGAACAAACUGGCGAACGCCUCUACACCAAGUUCGAGAUGCCGGGCUAUCAUGACGAACAUGGCGGAGACGAUAAUGGAAAGAUUGAGAUUUCGUUCGACGAGUUGAUUAGCCCAAUUCUGGUUGAGGCUGCAGGCGAAAAUGGCAACCAGGAUAAUGUGCGGCAGGCUCAAGACCUUAUCGUAGCCCAUUCCGACUCAAAUGAUAGGACCGUUACUGGAGAAGCUCUCGAUACAGACAGAGUUCCGCAAGGCGUUGGUCUAGAUGGCCCAAUUCAAGAAACCUCCCACAAGGAAGCUGCUGAGCCGAGCGAAGAAACUCGACAUGAAAUCUCCGAGCUGAUCAAGGAUGCUGGAUGGCGGUCGAGCGUAGCAAGUCAUGAAUUGAUUGACGGGCAAGAUGAGAACCCUCUUAGCCAAAGAAACGACCCCAAUGAGGAUGCUGUUGUGGGCCCACCAUCGCCGAAAUUUCACGGUUUCAGCUCCAGCCCACUUACCAAUGGAUUCCAGGUGGCAUCAUCGCCACCGCCAGCAGCGCUUCAGACGUCAAGGCAUGUACAUGCUUUAGAUAUUGAAAUAGCUGAAAGCGUCCCUCUUCAAGGUCCCGACGAGCCACCCGCUCGCUCAAUCAUCUCAAACCCUAGAUCCGCGAUUGACUACCCCAAUUUACCAAAGAUGAAUGACGACACCGAAGUGUUCCAGCAAGAAGCCCAGGAUCGCUCGGGCCUUCUAGAAGCAGACCACCAGAUCGCGUCUCAAGAUCUCACCGCGCCGAGUAGCAUCCGUGGAACCCCAUCUCAAAGCAUCGCAUCUCCUACUCUAACGUCGCUUGAAAGAAGCUCUCCGAAACUGGUCAAUGUAUUUGACGGGGCUGACUCUGACGAAUCAUUACCAGAGUUGUUUUCGCAAGCUUUCGAGAAACGACUGUCACAGGGAAGGGAAACCAAACCACAGCACGCAAAGGAAGAUCCUAUUUCACCCCCGAGUCGUCGCAAAUUCAAGCGCAAUAGCAGGACCAAUCUAUCCCAGAGAGAAUCUAAUCGUGAUUGGGAGCCUGAUCACUCCGAGGGUGAGCAUGAGGAUGAUGAUGCGAGCACGCCGCGCCCAUCGCAACCCGAUUUUUCUUCUCAAAUUGUUGACUUGACCAUCUCGAGCGAUACCGUGGAUCCUCCAGACGACUCAUACAAUGAUGACGAUGACUUUGUUUUACCAACGGGGCCAGGAUGGGUGCAAAAAUCUAGGAUAAGCGAACCUCGUGAUAGCCCCACAAAGAAAACCACCACAAGAAGUUCGAUGAGGAGUAGGUGA